AUGCAUUCGGACCAGACACCUAGAGGGGGAUGGUCCAGAUCCUCUUCCCCUGAGAAGCAUUUCCCGGUCUCGGAAGAGCAUCCGAUGCAUAUUCUGGCUCACGAGGAUCUGUCAGGGAACAGCCCAUUUGUGAUCGUCACACGGCCAAGUACUGACUCCGUACACGCCGACGACCAUUUUCAGGGCACCGACGAACCGCUACUGCCAACCUCAAGCCCACGUUUGCGUCCUGAUCAAGAAUCGGGUCGAUUCUCGUGCUCUCUCUCUAAGAUCUACUCUUGGAUUAGAGGACCAUCACCGCCGCGCAGAUAUCUGAUCAAUCCUUGGCUUCGUCGAUGGCAAACCGCUCCUGGCCGGCUCGUGGAGUGCUACUUUCCUAGCAAGAGCGCUAAGGUCUGGCUCCUUCUGCUUUGCCUGGGUGUUUGGGGCGCUGUGUUUAUAGAAACUUUGCAUUAUUCCAUCUCGGCCCAGGAGAUUCCGGGCUAUGGAAAACCUGUAAAACUCCCAUGUUAUGGCGGACUGUGGUCGAACGCUACUAAUUGUGGAAUCAAUGGCGAUGACUGUCGUCCCUUUGAUAAAGGAGGGUUUGCAUUCCGCUGCCCUGCAGGUUGUGCCUCCACGAUCGUGCUUGAACCGUACUAUGUAGGCCCAGAAGAAAUCAAUUACAAGAGCCUCGUUAUCGGAGGUGGUACGGAGAGCUCUGAAAGUAACAACUUCGGGAUAUAUCGUGGAGACUCGGCGAUUUGCCCAGCAGCCCUACACGCUGGACUCAUCAGCGACCAGAAGGGUGGUUGCGGCGUUCUCCGUCGGACGGGCGAGUACUCCGGCUUUGUAUCCAUCGAGAAGAACGGAAUCUCAAGCAUAGGUUUCCCGUCUAACUUUCCACUCUCUUUCACCUUUGGUAGCGGCGAGACGUCCGACGAGGGCAACGUUAGUUGUCAAGAUAUCCGGUGGCCGCUGUUCACCUUCUCCCUGAUAGUAUCUGCUAUACUAUCACUAUUCACCACGUCGCCUGCAGCUUUCUACGCUUCGAUAUACCUCAUCGUCUACUUCCAAGUAGCUCUUUCGUCUGAUCCACCUUACUCCCCAGAUUUCUACGAGGUGGUAUCCACCGCACUGGGCCGAUUUCUCCCCUGUGCCUUUGUGGGAUUUGCAAUGUACUAUUUCUGCGUCCGGCACACGCUUAAAGACUUGGACGCCCACUGGGACAAGACCGUUCUCUGGCUGGGCCCGUGUUGGGUGGGAGCCCUCAACAACGACACAUUCGACAAGAUCCCCAUCUCCCGUCUGACACCCCACGACAUCCAACAGCAGCCAGGUGCCAUACCCGCGCUGAUCAUCAUCGUCACUCUCCUGAUCGCCAUCGUGCUAACCCAAGCCCUCACCUUCCGCAAUGAGGGCAGACUCCCCCGAAUGCUGUCUAUAUACGGCAUCAUGGCCUGCGGCAUCGUCGCCCUUCUCAUCGUACCAAACAUGAACCUCCGAAUCCACCACUACAUCCUCAGUCUACUGUUCCUCCCCGGUACAACCAUCCAAACUAGACCCAGUCUCCUGUACCAAGGCCUCCUGGUCGGCCUGUUCAUUAACGGCAUCGCAAGAUGGGGCUUCGACAGCAUCCUCCAGACAGCAGCUGCUCUGCUCAACGGCGCGGAGCUGGGAAGUAUCCUCCCCGUAAUCGGGGCUCCGUUGAUCCCUUCGGCUCAGAAUAUCGUAUUCCAGUUUCCGAAUGUCGCCGAGGAUGCGGAUGGGAUCAGCGUGUUGGUGAAUGAUGUUGAGCGGUUUCAGGCUUUCAAGUCGGAUAAUGGCUCUGUAGAAUCCUUCAAUUGGACGCGGCUCAAGGCUAAUGAACCGGAGUAUUUCCGGUUCGGACAUGUCAAGAUGAAUGCGCUUGGUGGGCUCUGGUAUGAAGAUUUUACGAAGCCCGUUGUUUGGGAGGUCGAUGGGGUGUGGAAUAAUUCUGGGAAUCCCUGA